CCAAGUAAGAGGAAGUGGUACAGGGGGUUGACUGCUCCCAAGAUAAACCGGCGGCCAGCAUCUCUACCGGCAGUGUUACCGUUCAUCUUCUUCAGCCUCCUCUUCGCCACCACCGCUGCACUUACCAAGAUAAGAACCUGACAAUCAUUCACACGCACACGCACACUGAGGAUUUAGCCGCUUGCAAACCGAGCGACACUUUGCAUGCUGCGGUGUCUGGAAGUGAAGGAACCGGAGAUUAACGAUCCAGAUACGCGGCUGCAGGAUGGAGACUCAGAUACAUGUGCCCGUCGGCUCGCCGGUCAUCAGGAAAAUCCCCAUCUUCGUGGACGAACACGACGUGGCGGGGGGAGCGAUGGAGCUCAUCAAAGAGCUGAGACCGGCGUGGGACUCCAGCCAUGUCAAGACCAAGCUCUUCACUGAUGGAACCACCAACAAGCUGGUGGGCUGCUAUGUGGAGGACAGUCCGGACGAUGUGGUGCUGGUGCGAGUAUACGGCAACAAGACAGAGCUGAUCGUGGACAGAGACAAUGAGCUCAAAAGCUUUCAGGUGCUACAUGCAAACGGUUGUGCGCCCCGCCUCUACUGCACCUUUCAGAACGGCAUCUGCUAUGAGUUCAUGCAAGGGGACGCUCUUGGGACGCAGGAUGUCCGGGAUCCUUCCCUGCUCAGAAUGAUAUCCAGGGAGAUGGCUCGUAUCCAUGCAAUCCACGCACACAACGGCUGCAUCCCCAAACCCAACCUCUGGAUCAAGAUGAGAAAAUACUUCUCUCUUGUGGCCACAGAGUUUACAGAGCAAGCCUCCAACAUCAGGAUCCAGCAGGAGGUGCCCAGCAAGGCCGUUUUGGAGCAGGAGAUGGUUUGGAUGAAGGAGCAUCUAUCCACACUUGGCUCCCCUGUAGUGCUCUGCCACAAUGACCUGCUCUGCAAGAACAUCAUCCACAACAACAAAGAGGGUCAUGUUCGGUUCAUUGACUAUGAGUACUCCAGCUACAACUACCAGGCCUUCGACAUCGGCAACCACUUCAAUGAGUUUGCAGGUAUGGCUGAGUUGGACUAUGGGCUGUACCCCAGUCGGGAAAUGCAAAUGGACUGGCUCAAAAUUUACCUGCAGGCCUACAAACUCUUCACCAAGAACACAGAGGAUGUCAGCCCGCGGGAGCUGGAGACACUCUAUGUACAGGUCAACAAGUUUGCUCUGGCUUCUCACUUCUUUUGGGGCUUCUGGGCACUCAUCCAGGCAAAAUACUCCUCCAUCGAUUUUGACUUCCUCGGGUACGCUGUGCUUCGCUUCAACCAGUACUUCAAGACCAAACCUGCGGUGAUGGCCAUGCAGAUCCCAGAAUGAGAGGAGAUGAGAGGAUGAGGCGAGAAGACAAGCAAGAGGGUGUAACAGGUUUUAUGGUGGGAACUCUUCUCAGUGAGCCAGUUGCCAAUGAAGCACUGCUUGGUCUACCUGGCAUCCUUUUUCUGCAACAAGCACAGUUGCUCUUUUAUUCCUCCAGACUUGGCUCCACAUCUGUCACAACUCUAGCUCAACAACUAUAAAACUUCCAUUAGUUCAUUGUGUGUAUGUUCUUAAUUUAUCUCUAUAAACCUGACGCCUUGCUUUCCCUCAGCAGCUGAACCAGUCGUAGUGAGCACAGCAGUCUGAGUUUGGGUAGAGAUCGCUGCUUUACUGUCCUUCACACCAGGGCCAAAUUUUUCCACAUCGCUGGUAAUGAAGGUCAAAAGCGGGAUGACACUGUAUGGACAGUUAGUUUGUCCUGUUCUGUGCAUUGUAUCUGUGGCUCAAUGCCACGUCCUCAUUACAGUUAGAAACUGGCUACAGAUGCUUUUCACCUGGGAUUCCUCAAAUUCUGCAUAUGGUGUGCAGUGAGAACAUUCCUCCUUUUAACAAUUCUAAUCUACCUGAUCCGUCAUUCGCAUUUCUCAGUUUUUGGUGCUAAGUGCUUGUUGCUGUGAUAUUUCUGCACUGUACUUCCCAGAGUCCGCCUGUGCAUCUAUUGCUUUGAGUGGCACUGUGCCGUCUCCUUUCCUCUGAUUGAUGCAGUUUGAGCUUCUGUCGGUUCCUCCUCUAACUAUUGGGCAAGCUGUUGCUGUUGCUGGUGCUGAAGUAUGAAAAAGACUUUUCUUUGAGCUCGUGGACUUUUCUCCUGGAAAGACCAACCUGACACUUUAACGUGUGUGGAGCGACAAAAGGAAAAGCUUCUCAAUGACUGGCAGUAGGUUGAAUCACUAUUGUGUUCUAGCAGUCAGUGAUAGAGAGAAUGUAAAUGUGCUUUUUGUUAUGUUUGUAGAUUAUUUAACAUCUCAGGUCAACUUCUGUUCACUUUGGGUUGUUUUAGUUGGGGCAGGGGAGCAGCAGCAGAUAUGAAUGAGACUCGUGUGAAGGCCACUUUAAUCUCUGUCCAUUUCUGUCCUCAAACCAUUUUUCCACCUCCUUGACUUUUAUGGUUAAAGCGACAUGCUCUGUUAAACUUUCCAGACCUCUUGGAAAAUCCUCCCUCCUAAUGCUUUACUGCUCCUCAGUUUACCAUCUUUAUUCUCCUCCCACCACAGUCAGGUUUCAUCCCUCAUUUUGCCCACAGAUGUUGAGAGAGUAACGCCUGUUCCACUGGACAACUUAACAUCAGAGACUGCUCUCAGCUCCACUCUGUAAUCCAGUCACAUCACAGACCUACAGCCAAAUUUGUCUUGCAUAAUUACACAUUGCGUAAUUUGUGUGGAGGGUCAAAUUGAAUGUAGCUUUAAGAAGGAGCCAGGAAUGAGUUUUCUGGGGCUCACUGUCCAUCAUGAGAUCACCUCUGUCCAUUCCAGAGAGGAGUAAAUCAACACUUAAACAAAGCUUGAACCCUUAAAGUGGGACUCCAAUAUGAAAUAAAUGGUGAUGAAAACGUUUUGUUGGUCCACAGCAUGAAAUCAUAAGAUUAACUCAAGUGAUGUCACUCGAGUCAGCAAUGGUGUGGUCUGGAGACUUCAAAUAAUACAAAAGUCUACAGAUGGGGAGUUUGAAAUAAGGGAGUUUACAGAGUAGUGAUGUAGCACAUAACAUGAGAGGAGUAAUAGCUCCUGGACUAUGGAUUGUAUGUAUGUCAUGCACAAUGAACACAUUUGAACAAGGAUGUGGAUGUUCAGAUUUCCAAAUUUGACUUCACUCUGCAAAUGUGACGCUCUAGUUACCUGCUCCUCAUCUCUGCUUGAGGCUGUGGUUUGAUUCCCUUUGGGGCUCUUCGCACCAUGUCCACUCUUAGUAUUGCAUUUAGGGGGGGACCCAAGAGACAGAUUUAUAAUACAAUUUGAAUCAAAAAUGAAUCAGCCGAAAUAUCCGGACUUUACUCUAGUAUGUGUUAAAACUACCAAAGCACUGAAUUUACAUUUCCCUCAAUGCAACUUGUUAACAUAUGUUGUCAGACCUUCCCUGAUUGGUGGAUGCCUAUGUCUUGCAAACUUGACAUUCCUAGGUUGCAAUGCAGGAUUUCUAUUUGGAGAUUGGUGUCUCCAGUUCCAGGCUGAAAUGACUCAAUUGAUAUCACCUGCGUCAAACUAAUGAUCAUGUUUACUAUCGCUUAUUGUUUUGAUUAUUCAUUAGUCUAUGAACUGUCAACAUUUGUUAAAGAAUGCUUCCCAGAGUGGUCUCUAAUUGUCUUGGUUAUGACAAUUUAGCAUUUAUUCUAUUUUAAAUCUCAGUGCCACACACGCACUUCCAUAACCAACAGGACAGGAUUCAGUCCUCCUUCCCAUCAUUGACGUAAUCACUGAUCUAUCCGGUCCGGCGACUGGUAAAUACAUACCUCAAUCUCUGAAGCUGUUCUUUCAAGCUGGGCUCCAGAAAAGAGGACGGACUUCUCUAUCACACACACACAAAUUGACCCCCCCAGGGGGGGUGACACUGAACUCUAACAUUUGUCCCCCACACAAGAUCUCAUGUAACUGACGGGUUUAAUAAUUUCCCAGUUGAGUGGCAGCCUUUUAAACAACAGAACAGACAGAGACUAACUGACGAUAUUGGUUUUCAGUCAUAAGUGUUUUUAGAGGGGUCACAUUUAUGUCUGAAAUGUGUCCAUGGAUCUUAGACUCAGAAGUGAUGAUAAGAGCUGUCUGAAUGUGAAUUAUAACUCAUUUUAGGGCUCUGUGAGGCUAAAUGAAUUUAAGAGGUUACUUAGUGGAAGAUGAACUGAUAUGAAGGCAAUUUUUGGGAGCAAAAACCAACCAACAGAAUUUUCCUGAAAUUAGUUUUUAUAAAAAAUAAGUGCAAUCAUCCACAACAAUGGUUAAUUUUUAGGGUGAGAAUAAUCGAGAGGCUCUUAUUUUAGGGAACUAAUAGUGGAGUAAUCUGCUUAGUAGAUUUGCAGACAAAGGCCAAAUUAGUGAGCUUGCUGCUUGAAUGCACAAUCCUAAUAUCCUUAUCGGAAUUUAGCCUAGAUGAAGAGGGCAUUUACACUCCAUGAGCUUCUCCAUUCACCUAAUGAAGGAUACUGACCCUGAGUGGACCUCAUCUGUUGACACAGUUUAGGUUCGGGUUUAUUAUAUUUCCUCUGAAACGACAUCACUAUUUCUUGAUGUUGUCUGGACACUAGUGUUAAAGGCUGUAGGGUUGAACUGAAAACAUUCCACAGAGGAGUGCGCUAAUUUUUGCUCACCUUACCCACCAUGUAGUGUGGAACCACAAUGUUUGUCACCAACUGUUUAUGUUACUGAAAUUGGUUCAGUCCCGUGUCUGUUUCAUAUGGAUGUCAACAUGCAUCUCAUAUUAGGUUUCUAAAACACUGAAGAACCCUUUGACUGAAUGAAAAGCAGACACAUGUAACUUUACAGUAUAUUGAGUUAAACAUCAUCAAAAAUCAAAACACAAUUCUGAAAAUCACUAUCACUCUCAAAAUGAUUGUCAGGUAUUUAAAGAGUAACCUAAUAGCAGGCUUAAAAAGCAGUGUUUUUAAAUGCCAGUUUCAAGUUGUUGUAUCAGUACCCACACCCAAGAGUGAUGUCUCAGAGUACAGACACUGCAGCAAAGUGAGAAUUCUAACUGCUUUUUUAGUAAGUGUUUAGUUUCUCUUUAAAUACACAAACUACAUCUAUGUUACAUAUUAGACAUAACUUCAAGUCCAAAGUACACUUACUAUGUUUUUUCAGGAGCUUUCAGAUGCACCACAUAGUCUUGGUUAAUAGAGUUUUCUCUAUUCUCAUAUUGAUCUGUAGAGAGAUCUGUUAAUUAAUAACUUUAUUCAUAUCCCACCUUUUCAAAACAUAUGUGACCGGCUUCACAAAGAGGGAAAAUAAAAUCUAAAACAAGAAGCCACUACAAUGUCCUUUUAAAAUCAAAGACAGCAGAUCAAAUAAUACAUCUCAUUAAAUGUAAUGGCAAAAGAAAAGGAUAAAAGAAUAUGAGGACUGGAAAACGGUAGUAAGUGGAAUGAGGGAAUUUGUGUUCCAUGAUCUUCAAUGUUUUGGGGGGCUUUACAGAAUGUGAGUACAACCAGCUCUUUGUAGGCAUGUGGAUAUACACAACUUGAAAAAAUAUUAAGUUCAUGGGCCUUCAAAUAGUCAUAGGCAAAUGAUUGGAAGGGAGAAAAUUGACAUGUUGUUUACCAAAAGGUAGCUGAAGGUUUUGCACUGACAGUUGCAGAUGUACAAGCCAUAGAAUGAAAAGGAGAUGUUAAACUUCAUGCAAGUAUCAUAUUCAUGCUCUGAAUAAUGUAUGUUUCUUAUUAACAUUAAUAGAAGCAACGUUGACUUCAUCACUGCAUACUGGGUAAGGUGACACUGAGCCAAACGAGAAGCUACUGUGAAUAUUUCAUGAAGUUCAUGAUACACUUUCACUGUUUCUGUGGCGACCACUCUGAUUCCAGACUGUCUGUCUGAAUUUCCUAUUGCCAUCAAAGAUGUCCCCCUCUUUGCGUUUGGCCUUUUUAUGGUGUUUGAAAGCAAUUUUAAAAAGGGUUUAUUUAUUGAGUGAAUCUAACAGUUUUUCACACAUUUUCUUUUAUUGUUUUCCAAUCAUACCAAAAUGGUUACCUUCAGAGAGUUUGCAUUGCAGUUCAUUUGAGAUUAACUAUUUUUGUGUGCAAACACUGUACAGAUAACUGAUUAUUUUUGUUUCUUGUUAUGCCGAUAUUCACUUUUUGUAAAUGCUUUGACUUGAAAUGUAGAGCGAGCCAGCGUUUGGCCUGUAGAUGUGACUUUGUAAUGUGCUCAUCCACUGAGUCAGUGUGUGCGGCCAGCGGAGAUGGAGGAUGUACAUACUGUAAGAAAUACUGUGAAGCUUACUGUACACUACAGUGAUCCUUCACCUCUCUGUAGGAGUGGCAAGGAUAAUUAUUUAACAGUUGUCAGUGAAUAUUUCCAUAAAAAUGUAUAAAAUGGGGAAAAACA